AUGCGUCUACAUAAUGAUGAUGCACAGUUAGAAAAGGCAGUUAUCCUAUUCAAGGAAGAAUUUAUAAACAGAGGAUACAGGAGAGAAGUCAUUGAAACACAAAUACUUGAAGCCUGGAAUGAGAGGGAAGGCAGGUGUAAACCAUAUUUUAGUAUCAAUCACAGUUCUACAUCUGCACAGACUCCUGAACCAGUUGUUGAUCAGAGUCGAACCCCUAUGAAUGUUGGCAACAAGCUUAGGAUGCCUUUGACCUAUGCUAGCAACAUCAGCAUGGUGUGUGAUAUUAUCAGUGCCAAUGUGGAUAUUCUUCUAAAUAUACAUGAUCUACAAGGAGUGAUUGGAAAUAAGCCUGAUUUUACAUUUAGGAACAACAAAUCUCUGAAAAAUCAACUUUGUUAUAGACCAUUGAAUCUUCCUAGCUAUGCCCAAUCUGACAGAAAGGGUAAGACAAAUAGGGCUUUCAAGGAUAGGAUCCUUGAAAAUUUGAGGGACAUUAGAAAUGUGAAAGUAUCCAGUGCUUUAGCUAUGCAUGUUAAUGAGACGGGCCCCAUUCAUAAGUUCAAGUUUUUCGCUUUAGAGUUAGUGCAUGCCAAUAUUCGAGGUGGUGAUCUGUUAAACAAGACUGAAUCCAUAGAACAGAAAUGGAUUAUUCAGCUACAAGCUGACAACCCCCCGGGCUUGAACAGCAAGUUCAUGAGAGACUCACCCUUAUUUAUCUGUUUUGCAGUUUGUCUUGUCAGGUGUCAGAAGUUCUUCAUUUCGAAGGUUGGGGAGGACUGGAUAUUCCUAAUACUACUUGGUCUUUUGAUGGCACUGGUGAGCUGGGUCAUGGACUUCACUAUUGCAGUGUGUUUACAAGCUCAGAAAUGGAUGUAUGGUGGACUUGACAAUAAUGUCUUCCUUCAGUACCUAGCUUGGGUCACCUACCCCGUAGUGUUGAUAACUUUCUCAGCUGGAUUUGUUCAGAUCCUCGCUCCGCAGGCGGUUGGCUCGGGGAUCCCUGAAAUGAAGACAAUUCUUCGAGGAGUUGUAUUAAAAGAAUACCUCACAUUUAAAACCUUUAUUGCAAAAGUCAUAGGCCUGACCUGUGCCCUUGGUAGUGGCAUGCCUUUGGGCAAAGAGGGUCCAUUUGUCCAUAUUGCCAGUAUGUGUGCAGCUUUGCUGAGUAAAUUCAUGUCGUUGUUUGGAGGAAUCUAUGAGAAUGAAUCCAGAAACAUUGAAAUGCUGGCUGCAGCCUGUGCAGUUGGGGUUGGCUGCUGUUUUGCUGCACCAAUUGGUGGUGUACUUUUCAGCAUUGAGGUCACAUACUUUUUUGCUGUCAGAAACUACUGGCGUGGAUUCUUUGCUGCAACUUUCAGUGCCUUUAUAUUCCGGGUCCUCGCUGUCUGGAACAAAGAUGAAGAAACAAUCACAGCCUUGUUUAAAACUAGAUUUCGUCUUGAUUUUCCAUUUGAUCUUCAGGAAUUACCAGCAUUUGCAGUUAUUGGGAUUGCCAGUGGAUUUGGUGGUGCUCUAUUUGUUUAUUUCAACAGAAAGAUUGUCCAGUUCAUGAGGAAACAAAAAGCCAUUAACAAGUUCCUCAUGAAAAAGCGGUUGUUGUUCCCUGCCCUAGUGACCCUGUUUAUUUCUACUCUGAGCUUUCCCCCUGGAUUUGGACAGUUCAUGGCUGGGGAGCUAACACAGAAGGAAACACUGGUGACCCUCUUUGACAACAAGACCUGGGCCAAGCAAGGAAUAGCUGAAGACUUUGAUUAUACUGGGAUUUCAGAUGCCUGGAAGCAUCCAAAGGCUAAUGUUUUUGUCACACUUGUGGUCUUCAUUCUAAUGAAGUUUUGGAUGUCUGCUUUGGCGACCACUAUUCCAGUACCAUGCGGUGCCUUCAUGCCAGUUUUUGUCAUUGGUGCAGCAUUUGGACGACUGGUGGGAGAGAGCAUGGCAGCUUGGUUUCCUGAUGGCAUUCACUCAGACGGUAACACUUACCGCAUUGUGCCAGGUGGCUACGCUGUGGUAGGUGCAGCCGCUUUGUCAGGUGCUGUGACUCACACAGUCUCCACUGCUGUGAUUGUCUUUGAGCUCACGGGACAGAUUUCCCACAUCCUUCCAGUGAUGAUCGCUGUCAUCAUGGCAAAUGCUGUUGCGCAGAGCCUGCAGCCCUCACUCUAUGACAGCAUUAUCCGUAUCAAGAAGCUACCUUACCUUCCCGAACUUGGCUGGGGACAUCAAGAGAAGUACAAUAUCCGAGUAGAGGACAUCAUGGUGAGAGAUGUGCAUUAUGUCACUCUGAAUAGUAAGUACAGGGAGCUGCAGGAUGCCCUUCAUACCACCAAGCAGAAGACAUUGGCUCUUGUCGAAAACAAAGACAGUAUGAUCCUUCUGGGCUCCAUUGAGAAGUCACAGCUGCUGAGACUCGUUGACAAGCAGCUGAGUCGGCAGAGGAGGAUGGAGUACCUUAGGGCCAGGAAGAAGUCUAGUCAAGAGAACCAGACGAUUAUCGAUGAGAGAAGUCAGCGCCCUCUAGACUCAGGAGUGAGGUUUCAGAUCUCCACAGACCAUGCUCCAUUUGCAUCAAAUCACACUGGAUCACAGAAGCCCUUGAAACCUGCUCUCAAACGAGUGCCAAGCUCCAUGCCAGACAACUCACCAGAACCUCUGGAUACUGCAGGAAUUGCACUCAAGAACCUGUUCUGUACAAAUCCAGCUACAGACACGGAGUCAACAGAUGCAGAUAUAUCACCAUUAGACGACUCUGACAAACGUAAGGCCAAGCGAGUGAGAAUUUCUGUUGUGGAUGAAUAUGACGUAGAAGAUGAUAUGACUUCAACCCAGAUUGCAGAAUGGGAGGAGAAACAGUUGGAGGACCAAGUAAAUUUCAAGGACUGUAAGAUUGAUCCAGCCCCCUUUCAGCUAGUGGAAUGGACUUCACUACAUAAGACCCACACAAUUUUCUCUCUCCUGGGGCUUGACCAUGCCUAUGUUACAAGCAUCGGCAGACUGAUUGGAAUGGUAUCACUGAAAGAGCUGAGAAAAGCAAUUGAGGGUUCCAUGACAGUGAAGGGAGUGAAGGUCCGCCCACCACUAGCAAGUUUCCGUGAGAGUGCAACUAGCAGCAGUGAUACUGAAACAACCGACAUUCACAAACUGUUUAACCAGCACAGACGGUUCUCCAUUCCACUGGGAUCUAGUCAUUCAGACACAGACAGCAAAUCUCUCUGAAGAAGGGAGCUGUGAUUAUUUCAAUGAUGGGCACCGUGCAACUAUCCUCAUAUUUCCUGCACUAAUUACACUUUCUUGCACUGAGAACAUGAGCAAAACCAAUGCCAGUUGGUGCUGUUAGAAGGGUUAGGGAUGAACAUGGUUUGAAAACUUGUUCCAUGGGUUACUUUACUGACUUUAACAGCAAUCACAGUCAAUUUUGAAAGCUGUGCUUUGGUGCCUUUUUAAAGUUUUAGUGAAAAGUCAGAGCUGCAUAAAUUUCUUAAUCCUUUGAAAACAAACAUUCAACGGUAUUACCUAUAAAAGAUUGUUUCCCAGUCCUUUUAUUCUGUCCUGCAGCAUCUGCUCAUAUCUCUUAAGAGGACAAGGCUGGAGAUCUUCCCCAUCUAUGAAAAAUAUAUGAAAGUUGCUGUGGGUCAAGCUGUCAUAGUUCCAGUUAACAGAUGCUGUUUAGCGCAAUUCUAGUGCCAUGUUGGAACAAAGGCAGGUGGGCAGGGCUUCCUGUAUAGCGUGUUCCACUCUCUUAUCUUUCUUUGUCAAGUUCUAGGGACAUCAUGGUUUACAUUGCAAAAAAGACCCACUUACCCAGAACUCUACUAACCCUUGGACCAAAUUUUGACCAUCAAAAUAACAUUAUGUGGCAGACAAGAGUUUAAAAACUGAUAUCUGCAAUCCUGAGGAUAUCUUCCGAAAAAUCGAUCACUGUCUUCCAAAUCAGCUCCCCUAAAUGAUGUUUAAUUACAUAUAUUUAGUACAUAGGAUUAUAGCUUCUAAGCCAUUUUCCCCUAAAUUACCCUCAUUUACACAGAUUAGGUACAGGGAAUUAUGGCUUUCAUGCCAUCUCCACUAAAUGCCCUCACUUCCAUAGACUGUGUGUGGAAUAUUAAGGCUGUGAGCUCCUAAUGAGUUUCAACCUAUAGUACUAAGUUUGAUGAGAAUGAUUCCCUGGGUAUGUAUUCGAUUACUGUGUGACUCUGAAAAAAACUGGUAGCAAGGCAGCACUUUUGGAUUGACCUUGAAGAUAGACAUUUCUACCUGGUGGGUUUACCACAGCAAAAUGAAUUAAGGAGAAAGUUAAUUCCUGAGCUGAUGACCUAGGCAUAUAGAUGUGGGAAGAGUGAAAUGAGCUGUCAGACAAGAGCCACUAUGACACUUAGCUAACAACAUUUUUAACAGAAAAAAAUAUUAAUAAUAUUUAAUCAUUAAAUGCAUUUUCAUUUUGGAAUGGGGGGUGUUUUUAUAUGAUUUGCAUUAAAACAGUUUGUCUAGGUUACAUAUCUAGUUCUCAGACUUUGCUGUGAUGAAUCAGAUUUUACAAGCAACUAAAAUACCUCAGGGUUUGCCAGACUGGAAAAGGGGGAUUUAAGGAGAGUGUGCCAAUUAAUAGUUAAUUGUUGAAAUCUGAAGUACUUAACAUUAAUUGCCCUA